AAAUACUCUAAUAAUGUUACUGUGCAUCUCUUCUGAACUCUGGAUUCCGGGACAUUAUUUGGUAGCUUGAAGCAGUCAUGGGCCUCUGUUAUGCACCUAAAGCCAUAUUGGAAGCUCCAGAAGAAAGAACGUCCUCUGGAAGUCAGCAGGGACACUCUAAGAACUCCUUUGAGUCACCAAAAGGCUGCCAAUGAUGAAAAAGACAAAGGUGGCUACAUGAAGCCUGGUGUCUUUCCUUCAGCCUCUCUUGGCAAAGCAUCAUUUCGAACACCAUUUGGGGUCCUUUCUCCAAAUGUUCUGUGCAGCAUGAGUGGGAAGAGUCCUGUAGAGAACAGCUUGAACGUUAAACCAAGAAAGAAUGCACCGUCUGCAACAAUCCACCAGGGAGAAGGAGGGGAAGGGCCACUUGACAUCUGGGCUGUUGUGAAACCUGGAAACACAAAGGAGAAAAUUGCCUUCUUUGCAGCCCACCAGUAUAGCAAUAGGACAGGAUCUAUGAAAAUAAAAAGCUCCUGGGAUAUUGAUGGGAGAGCUACUAAAAGAAGGAAAAAAUCAGGGGAUCUUAAAAAAGCCAAGAUACAGUUAGAAAGGAUGAGGGAUGUCAACAGCAAGUGCUACCAACCAGAGCCAUUUGCCUGUGGCAUUGAGCACUGUUCUGUGCAUUAUGUGAGUGACAGUGGGGAUGGCAUCUAUACUGGGCGGCCUCUGUCUGUCAUACAGAUGGUUGCCUUCCUUGAGCAAAGAGCCAGUGCCCUACUAGCCAGCUGUACAAAGAACUGCAGCAGUUCUCCUGCCAUUGUGAGGUUUUCUGGCCAAUCCAGAGGUGUGGCCGCUGUCCCUGAGCCCUUCUCUUCCCCAGGAGCUUGUGAAGAUCCCCCAGAAAGAGGAAAUCCUGAGAUUAUUGAGCCACAGAGUGAACCAGUGCGUGUCCUUGACAUGGUAGCUAGGCUGGAGUCUGAGUGCCUGAAGCGGCAGAGCCAGCGUGAGCCUGGGAGCCUGUCUCGGAAUAAUAGUUUCCGUCGAAAUGUAGGCAGGGUGUUGCUUGCAAAUGGCACUCAGGCUGAUGAAGGGAAAGUCAAGCAAGGCACCUUGGAGGUACCUGACACUCAGGUGAAUCCUGUGCAGUCUGUGGACUGUGGACCCUCAAGAGCUGCCCAUUCUCUUAUUGGAGACCCAGCCUGGGAUGGUGUUCCUCAGGGCUGUCCCACAUCAUUGCCAGCAGGUGUGACUUUCCACCCGGACAAUGCAGAAUUAGAGCCAGCUCAACAAACCCCAAUGAAAACCAGCAGUAGGUAUGAUGUGGAAAUGACAGAUGAACUUGAUGGACUGCCUUUUUCUUCUCACACCUGUCUCCAAGUCACUGAAUUGCCCACAGAUGCUAUCGAUUGUACAAGUAGAGAGCUUGUGCCGCUUACUAGCCAAAAUCCUGAUCAGAGAACAAAAGAGUCUUUGUGCAUUAGCAUCACUGUGUCCAAAGUGGAGAAAGACCAGCCUUCUCUUUUCAACACCUGUGAAGAGCCACCUCCAGGGAUGUUGUUUUUUUUGCCACCUGGUCAGCACCAGUUAGACUGUUCCCAGGUGAAUGAAAGCACAGCCCGAGAAUCUUCAGAGACCCUGCAGCUUGAAGAUGCUACUGGUAGUUCCAGGAAAUCUGAUCCAAAAGGUGAAUCCGUGGAGCCCUUCGUACCUCCAGGCUCUGCAGGAGAAAGUACAGAACUGGUGCUUGAGGCAUCUAGUUGGAAGAAGCAGGUGUCUCAUGACUUUCUGGAGACUAGGUUUAAAAUCCAGCAGCUUCUGGAGCCUCAGCAGUACAUGGCAUGUCUGCCCCACCACAUUAUGGUAAAAAUCUUCAGGUUACUUCCCACCAGGAGUUUAGUGGCUCUUAAGUGUACUUGCUGCUAUUUCAAGUUUAUCAUUGAAUACUACAAUAUCAGACCAGCUGAUUCUCGCUGGGUUCGAGAUCCACGCUAUAGAGAGGAUCCUUGCAAGCAGUGCAAGAAAAAAUAUGUGAAAGGGGAUGUGUCUCUGUGCCGGUGGCAUCCCAAACCCUAUUGCCAGGCAUUGCCCUAUGGGCCUGGGUACUGGAUGUGCUGCCAUCGGUCUCAGAAGGGCUUUCCCGGCUGCAAGCUAGGACUUCACGACAACCACUGGGUCCCUGCCUGCCACAGCUUUAACCGAGCAAUCCAUAAGAAAGCAAGAGGGAGUGAAACAGAAGAGGAAUACUGAAGUCUAUGUAAGAGGCAAUGGAAAGCCCAAUUUUACAAAUGCUAAAUACAUAAACCGUUCAAGUGAGUGUUGCCUCUCAGUCCCCAGUUGAGGGGAAUCUGUACUUGCUCCAUCAGGACUGCCAAACUCUUACCAGCUGUGCAAGAAAACUGGUCUCAUAGUUUUACAGUAAGAGCCUCACACUUGAUCCAGGGUGGGAUCCCAGUAGCUUGGCUCGCUCAGCUGUGAAUAAGUUAUGCCUGUUUUUCCCAUCAAAUCUAUCCUCAAAGGAUGAAGACUUGCCAUGUCAAGUAUGUUCCGAGGAGCUCACUGCAGGCAAUCUCUAAGCAGGGACUCCGGAAGGGUUUUUAGCACUGGUACCUUAUUUGAAGUAAGUGAAAAGGAAAUCAAGACCCUUGGAUGCAAAGUAUGCCUAAGAAAUAAAAGCCAGGCACCUUAUCUUAGACCUUGUAUGCGUGAUCCUGUGAGAUUGAUGUUUGUGGUUGGAGAUGGAUUUCAUGCCCUGUGGUGUUUACAGUGUAUAUAAUGGUUGUGUUUUCCUAGGGCUAUGAAAGUGCACAUUAAACCUGAGCGCCUUUACCUUUAGAUGAGUGCUUUGGCCCCUCUGUAAAUAAUGCGAUUAAAAUCCAGUUGUAUAUGAUGGACAACUGACUAAACAUAAUCACCACAAUGCAGCUAGGGUAGUGUUGCGGCUAUAAUUGUGUUUUUAUUGUCUCGCCUCAAAAUUUGUAUAUCCUAUAUAAAAUAUGAAUGUUUUCCAAAUAAACUAUGAAUGUUUCCUGUAUAAUAUAUGAAUGUUUCAUAGUUAAGAGGUUAACCUGUUCAAAGGAUACCAAAUAAUGGUUUAAUUGAACAAUCUUAAAAUCAACAUAGAGAACAAUCCUUUGUUAUAUUUUAGUGAUCCAGCAAGAAUGAGAGAAUAUAUAGUCAGAUUAUAACACCCUUGUCUACUUUUAUCCUUUUUGUCUGGUUUCAAAAAGUUUUUUUUUAACUUCAAUAAAAAUAUGCAUCUUAAAUGGGA